AUCGACUGACCGCCGCACUUCAUCCCCCCCUCCCCUCCCUCCCUCCGCCGGAGCGCCGUCUCAAAAUGGCCGCCACCUCCUCCACCGCCUCCGCCAUGGCGGUGGCCGCCACCUCCCCUACCAUUGCCACUGCGCCAUUCUCGUCUCUUCCUCUCCGCCUUCGCCUCCGCCCCAAACCCCUCCUCUUCACUUCUCGCCUCCUCCUCCCCGUCCCCAAGUCCUCCUCCUGGGUUGAAUCCGUCUCGGAGGAAGGGGAGGAAGAAGGCGUGGAGGAGGAUUCCGAGGAAUCCGGUGCCGCGGGGGAAGACGAUGACGGGGAGGACAACGACGAAAAGCCGCGGCCUGAGCCGGUGGCCGCCUCUGGGUUCGAGUUCGCGUCGCCGCCGGAGGGCUACGUGGAGCCGGCCCCGUUCGACGAGCUGCCCCCGGAGUCGCCCGAGGACGUGGCAGCGGCGUACGAAGCGCUCUACGGGCCGGCCUUUAGCGGCGAGACGGUCAUGGGCAACAACGUCUUCGAGGUCAAGGUGGUGGAUCCCGUCGACAUGGACCGGGAGCAGCGCCCUAGCGACGAGUUCAGCGAGCGGGUCGUGCAGGUCAAUCGCGUCACCAAGGUCGUCAAGGGCGGGAGGCAGUUAUCCUUCCGUGCGAUCGUCGUCGUCGGCGACAUGAAGGGCCACGUCGGUGUGGGCGUUGGCAAGGCCAAGGAGGUCACCGAGGCCAUCACCAAGGCCGCCAUGAACGGCCGUCGCAAUCUCGUCACCGUGCCGCUCACCAAGUAUUCGACCUUCCCGCAUAGAGCAGAUGCAGACUAUGGAGCAGCCAGGGUCAUGUUGAGGCCUGCUUGCCCUGGAUCUGGUGUAAUUGCAGGUGGAGCUGUGAGGGUCGUGCUGGAGAUGGCUGGGGUUGAAAAUGCUCUGGGGAAACAGCUGAGGAGCAAGAACCCCCUCAACAAUGCAAGAGCUACCAUCAAGGCGACCCAAAUGAUGAGGCAGUUCAAGGAUGUUGCUGCAGAGCGCGGGCUUCCAAUGGAGCAGCUAUGGAAAUAAUCAAAUAAAUCAACCUUAAAUUCCCUCCAAUAUUUUUCUUUCUCCAUUUCUUGAGUUCAUUUUCAGUUGUAUCUGUCAGUGGGGAUAAUCCUACAUUUAAGUCCUCUCCCCACCCUAAAUGCAUUAUGUGUCUCCACAUAUACAUGGCAAAGCUUUAGAUGAAUUGAUCUGCGAAUACCUUUAGCUUCACUAGUAAUAGUGCAUGUGCAAGACACGUUCCGCACGUAUAAAUGCGAGUUUAUUAUGUUUUCCCACUA